AUGUUAGCACUUCAAAAAGAGGCAUUUACAAACUGGCUGGAGCUUAAGGAUUUUGUUUCUCAGCUUUUAUGUGGUCAUUCUCUCCAUUUGCUUUAUGCAGUAGCCUAUGUACUUGAGUAUAUUGCAGGGAAGGCUAUUUACUGUGUGAGAGCUGAACCAGUGAUCUACAAAAAACUGGAAGCAGCAUCAGAUGAUACUGCACUUUUGAGAGCCUAUGUUGGAGAUAGACCUACAUGGAGGAAUCCCCAGCAUCCAUGGAGAGUGGAUUGUAGGUUCAAGCUUACUGGAGUUCCAACGCUGGUUCGAUGGGAGGAGAACGAUAAGAUCAGUGGUCGCCUUGAAGAUCAUGAAGCUCAUGUGGAAAACAAAAUUGAUGCCCUUAUUGCUGGUAAAUAA